UGUCUUGGGUUUUUCCUAUUUUCGGGAUACGAGACGCAUUUAUUAACAUUACUCAACUUUUCACCUAGAAGUUUGUAUGUGAACUUACUUUCACCAUGACGAUGCGAGAGGUAAGACCUUGACAGAGUUGCUUCUAAAUGAUAUUUAAAACGUCGAGUGCCUGUGUGUGAAUACGACCGCAUUCCAUUUAGAGUUUUUGUGAUAUUUUAGGCUGAAUUCCUGGUUGAAGAAUGUUACCUCUUUCACCCGUCAUAUCAACCUUUGCCCUCAUCUUAGCUCUGAUUUACCUGAAAGGAGAUGCAGCACCGACUUCAGAAGGCGUAGGUAAUGUGAAGUGUCCCUAUAAUGAAUCUGAAUGGAAAGAAAGGUCUGCUAAUUUCUUCUGUCAGGGAAAAGACGUUUAUCAUUGUUUUCUUGCUGAAAACCAAAUAUCUGUGAAAGAAAAAUGCAUAGAAAGGACUACGCUUCAGAAAGGAUUUUGUCCAGUGUUUUCGGAUGAUGGUUACUUACACUGGGUUCGAUGUAACCAGACAGGCUGUCCUAACGUAACAUAUGUCAGCGAUGAAGUAUAUAAAUACCGUGUAUGCUUUGAAGACACAGACAGUAUUACGUUCAGGGAUGAAGAGGAUGAAGAAUCAGGUGGUUUGGCGCUGGGACUUGGACUAGGACUAGGACUGGGGGUCGGAAUUCUCCUGGUUAUAGGUGUAUCUGUGUUGGUUCACAGAAUGUUAAGCCGGCAAACUAAAGAAACUGAAGAAAUUACAAAUGGUACGACUGCGCUGAGGUCUGAGAGCAUUAUCUACGUUGUUGGUAAUCUCGGAAAUUCUGUAUCCACAGUCGGGAAAGGAAUAGUUGAGGCGUAUGCCAAAAAGCAUAACAUGGACCACAUAUAUUCUAACUAUCUGGACAUUUCUGAAGAUUUCGACUUCUCUCCGAACACGAUAUAUUUUGUUGAUGGAUGGUUUGGAUUGUGGAAUGAUAAUCCUUGUGAAAAAAGCGGCGUCCUCGACUGUUUACGUCGUAUUAUAGAAGCGGGUAAAGAAACAACUAAAGAAAUAAAGUUUGUAAUUGGACUGCGUACUGAUAUACGUGAUUUGUACAAAGAAGAUUUUAAUGAUAUUGGAAUAGUAUUUUCUCAACGACAAACACUAUUACGUGAGACCAGCACAAAAGAGAAGGGGGUCAAAUUGAAAAAACAUUUACAGAAAGUCAAACGAAAGUGCACUGCUGACGGAUGUCAGUGUAAAUCGUUGGAAAUUUCAGACAUUAUGUCGAUUGACAAAGUGCCUAUUGGACCCCAUCUUAUUGUAAAGCUUUUGAAUUUGGAUCACACCAAGGCACGGGAUCUUGUAGAUGAGGAUAAAGGGCCUCUAACAGCGAUGUGCGAACAUUUCAUGGGUUUGGAAUCAAAAGAUGAACAACUUUUUAAAUGUAUUAUGUACAUCGUUUUGAUUGGAUUUUAUGAUGAAAACGACUUUAGGCAUGACGUCGCUACUCACUUUUCGAUUUCAAAAACCAUUCUAAAGGAAUGCGACUUGAAAAAAUAUACGAAGCGUUUGAAAGCCUCACAGCUGGCGCCAAUGUGGACGUCACAACUUACCGGUGGAUCUAAAGAGAGAGACGGAGUGUACGUCUUUUGGCACAACUUUCUUUACAUUUGUGCGUUUCACGCCUGUUUCGCUUUAUACCCUGAUAAGAUGAUGCAACACUGUAACGUUGACGCCAUACUACAGCUGGUCCGUCCCAUAGGUCAGAGGUCAUUAUUCACCGUGGAAGCAGACAAAACAUUAAUUUCUAGGUUUUAUCAAGAUAGAAUAAGCGGAAAAGUUAUCGAAUGUAAUGUGAAAGACCAUCCGUUAUUAAUGUUUCUGAGAGACGGAAUUUAAAAACGACUGAGAAUGUGAAUUUUUUUAUUGAAAUUAUCAAUAGCGUGUUUACUUCGUAUUUGUCUAUAGUAAUACUUUAAAUGUAAAGUCAAUCAUCGUCAAUUUUCUUGUUGAUUUGGAAGAGAUAUUACCGGUAUGUUUGAUCUGAAAAUUAGAAGGAUAUUCCGAUUAAUAAUGUAACAAAGGACGGUAACUAUGUUAUGCAUUCUUUAUUAACCAAACACCGCCCCACAAGAGCAAACGUGACAAAUUUAGAGACUGUCUAAGACAUAUUUUCGACGAAAAGAACAUGCGAUUUAGAAAUGAAUAUUAGUAUAAUGUCCAACAUGUUGGUGACAGACCCUCUAUGAGUGAGGUACAUGUAUCAGAGUGUAGGAAAGUCAGUUGUAUGAUAUUGAGGAUCUGUUUCGUCUAUAUAACCCACCUUAUUUAUACCUGUAACAGAUAUACAUUGUUAGCAUUAUUUAUCUGAAGUCUAAUUUAGUAUUAUUUUUUUCCGGUUCUUAUGCUAUUGUAUUCUUAGACAAUUUAUUGUAUAGUACAUAUUAAAAGAUACUAGUACUGGAAUCCGGUAUGAAUGUUUUACAGUAUUUACAAAUAUAUUUGAUUUUUCAAAAAAAAAAAGUGUAUCAGUAUAUAUGUUUGUAUAGCAUUGCCUAUUAGUCGAUGUUUUAUUUUUACAGUAUUGAACAAUAGAUAUUAUAUGCUUCACAAAAUUUAACAAAAUGUAUAUUGUUUUUGUUUCGAUGUUGUUGUUUUUUUUUUGUUUUUUUUUUGUUUUUUUGUUUGUUUUUUUAGGUGUAUUUUUGCUUUCUGACGUACGUUCUGUGUAGUAUUGUGACAUUUGAUUAAUAAAAGACUUUUCACGUCAA